AUGAAGGUUCCUAUCAUUUGUCUUCUACAGUUGCUUCUCAUUUUGGUUGUUGUCAAAAAGACAACCCAACGGACCGACAUCUACAUGAAGGGUAAUCUGACUUGUGUAAGUCAUUGGACACCCAAAUGGUGUGCAAGAAUAGUAUUGGUGGAAAAAGAUACUUUUGAGAGUGGAACCGACAAAAUUGCGGAAUUUGGGGUAGUAUGUUCAAAAAUACCAUGGAUUGAGUAUGAGAUGAAGGGCUUCCAAGAUGGCGAUGGAUUUUACGACAUCUUCUACGAAAUGAGUGCGGUCAUUACACACUCCUGCUCUGGUCGGGAUCUUAUUUGGAAACAAGAGCACAAGCUGAAUUGGAUUCCCGUUUCUAAAACAAACGUCACAUUGGUCGAGCAUUUUGCAAUGUCCGAAGCAUUUCGCGCAAAAACUUUUUUUGAUGAUUAG